AUGAGCCUGAAGCAAAGCGAAGCAACAGGAGGAGCAGAACAGCUGGGUAGGGCCGGGGAGCUGCCCGGCGCUUUGAAGGACAGACGGCCGCCCGGGCUCCCGGCAGAGGCAGCCGGGGAAAGGGAGAGCGGCGUGUCGUGGCGAAAGCAGGCAGGAGUCACGGCCCACCGACUGCGAUGCUUGCGAGUCUGGAAGGCGAACAGGGGGGAGGCGGAGGAAGCGGGUUUGGCUGGCUGGCGGAGCUUUCUCAAGGAGAAAGAAGGACAGAGGGAGCGACGGGCCACUGAUGGCUGGAAGACCUCGGCGGAGCUAGACGGGGCUCCCCUCUUUCUAAACCGGACGAGCGGCGGCGGCCAAGGGCUCCGGGGGGCGUCGGAGGAACAGGCAGGGAGAGGGGCAGAGGCGUCGCUGCCCAUGGCCGCUCCUGGUGCUGUCGCUGGCGGCUGCGGGCAGGAGCCAGAGGACCAACCGGUGCGCGCGGAGGAGGAGCGCAGCAGCAGUUGCUGUUGCAGCAGCGAGCGCCUGGUGAUCAACAUCUCCGGGCUGCGCUUUGAGACGCAGCUGUGCACCUUGGCUGUCUUUCCGGACACGCUGCUGGGAGACCCUAGCCGCCGCGUCCGCUACUUUGACCCGCUGCGCAAUGAGUACUUCUUCGACCGCAACCGGCCCAGCUUCGAUGCCAUCCUCUAUUACUACCAGUCUGGCGGGAGGCUUCGCAGACCCAUCCAUGUGCCUUUGGACAUCUUCAUGGAAGAGAUCCGCUUCUACCAGCUGGGCCAAGAGGCCAUAGAGACCUUCCGUGAGGACGAGGGCUUCAUCCAGGAGGAGGAGAAGCCUCUGCCCCAACACCACUUCCAGCGCCAGGUGUGGCUUCUUUUUGAGUACCCAGAGAGUUCUGGGCCUGCUCGGGGUAUUGCCAUUGUCUCAGUGUUGGUCAUUCUCAUCUCUAUUGUUAUCUUCUGUCUGGAGACGUUGCCUGAGUUUCGUCAGGAGAGCAAGGGGGCAUCUAUGAGUUAUGGAGAUAGCAGCCAGAUCGGCUUCCAAAAGGACCUCCAUGAUGAGCACCCUUUGUUUUUGCUCCCACAGCAGCCAGAUGAAUGGACUCCACCACCCAUUCGCCCCCAGUCAGGUGCUAGUCCAUUCUUCACUGACCCCUUCUUUCUAAUUGAAACACUUUGCAUCAUCUGGUUCUCCUUCGAGCUGCUGGUGCGCUUCUUUGCCUGCCCCAGCAAGCCUGAGUUCUCCAGGAACAUCAUGAACAUCAUCGACAUUGUAGCCAUUAUCCCUUACUUCAUCACUCUGGGCACAGAGCUGGCUCAAGAGCAGCAGAAGAAGGAGCAACCAGGCAGCACCAGCAAUGGCGGCCAGCAGCAAGCCAUGUCCUUGGCUAUCCUGAGAGUCAUCCGCCUGGUUAGGGUCUUCAGGAUCUUCAAGCUCUCCAGACACUCCAAGGGGCUGCAGAUCCUGGGAAAGACACUACAAGCCAGCAUGAGGGAACUGGGGCUUCUCAUCUUCUUCCUUUUCAUUGGGGUAAUCCUCUUCUCCAGUGCGGUGUAUUUUGCGGAGACCGAUGACCCAGAGUCUUUAUUCACUAGCAUCCCUGAUGCUUUCUGGUGGGCAGUCGUGUCCAUGACCACUGUGGGUUAUGGAGACAUGUACCCUAUGACCAUUGGGGGCAAGAUCGUGGGCUCCUUGUGUGCUAUUGCUGGUGUGCUCACCAUUGCCCUGCCAGUACCUGUCAUUGUAUCCAACUUCAACUACUUCUACCACCGAGAAACUGACCAAGAGGAGCAGUGCCAGUAUACUCAUGUCACCUGUGGCCAACAGCAGUCACCUUUCUCUGAGCCCAAGAAAGGUGAUAGCAACCAGUCACUCAGUAAAUCUGAUUUUCUGGAUGCAGAAGAUGUAAACUCCAUGAAAUACUCCAGCUUUAUUCUAACUGGAAACCAGGCUUACAAAGGGAACAAAUUGUUGACUGAAGUGUAAU